ACACACAGGAGAAUAAUGACUUCUUCACAAGCCAAGCCUCACAUUUCAGAACCUCUUUCUUCUUCCCUGUUCCUCCAUUUCCGAGCUCCGAAAACUCUGUUGGAACCUAGAGCCACCAUGUCUUGCUCAAAUUUGACAAUGUGGGCGUCCUCAACGCCCUCACUUUCCGACACCUCCGCCCUCUCCUGCCGCUCCUUCAUCGCCCCUCUUCAGCUUCCUUCCCAAAACUCCCUCCCCGCCUCGCGAUCAUCCUCCGUGACACCGGUUCAAUGCGGUCUUCGCGAGCUUCGCGAGCGUAUUUCAUCAGUGAAGAACACGCAGAAGAUCACUGAGGCUAUGAAGCUUGUGGCAGCCGCCAAAGUCCGCCGAGCUCAAGAGGCUGUCGUUAAUGGCAGACCCUUUUCGGAAACCCUAGUCGAAGUUCUUUACAACAUCAAUGAGCAGCUCCAAGUGGAAGACAUUGAUGCUCCUCUGACCAAAGUUAGGCCUGUCAAAAAAGUUGCUCUCGUUGUCAUAACCGGGGAUCGCGGUCUUUGCGGAGGUUUCAACAAUAUGAUCAUCAAAAAAGCCGAGAGAAGAAUUGCUGAAUUGAAGGCUCUUGGUCUCGAAUUCACGGUCAUCAGUGUCGGUAAGAAGGGUAACUCGUAUUUCCUCCGCCGGCCAUACAUUCCGGUUGAUAAGUUCCUCGAAGGAACCAACCUCCCAACUGCCAAAGAAGCGCAGGCCAUUGCGGACGAUGUUUUCUCCCUUUUCGUAAGUGAAGAGGUCGACAAAGUCGAGCUUUUGUACACGAAAUUCGUGUCGUUGGUUAAAUCCGACCCUGUUAUUCACACCCUGCUUCCACUCUCGCCGAAGGGAGAGAUUUGUGACAUCAAUGGCGUUUGUGUGGACGCCGUGGAUGAUGAGUUCUUCAGGCUGACAACAAAGGAAGGGAAAUUGACGGUGGAGAGAGAUAUCAUCAAGACAAAGACCGUGGAUUUCACGCCGGUUUUGCAGUUUGAGCAGGAUCCGGUUCAGAUUCUCGACGCCUUGCUGCCGUUAUACCUCAACAGUCAGCUUUUGAGGGCAUUGCAGGAGUCUCUAGCCAGUGAGCUUGCUGCUAGGAUGACUGCCAUGAGCAAUGCAACUGAUAACGCGGUGGAGUUGAAGAAGACCUUGUCGCAGUCCUACAACCGGCAGCGCCAGGCAAAAAUCACUGGAGAGAUUUUGGAGAUUGUUUCGGGUGCCAACGCUUUGGUCUAGACGAUUAAAAGAACAACAUGGGACUUGUUUUCUCCUCCACAUUGAGUUGGGCUGUUUUCUCCUGCACAUUGACUUGUGCUGUCUUAAAUUUGCAGAUUUGACACUUUCGUUGUAAUUCUCAGCUGCGUACAAACUUUGUGUGCACAAAUGAGAGGGCAAUGUAUUUUGGAACAAAAGAGAGCAUUCCACACAUAUCUAUAUAUUGUAUGUCAUUUUUCCUCCAUCAUAGUUAAUAAUACUGCUAAUCAUGUAAUUAAGGAUCCGAAUUCUUGUUAUUCAUAUGUCGUCGAGUGUUCUUGUAAUAUAUAUUUGUGAUUUGCUAUC